GCAAGAUGGAUGAUGGCUGGUGCACAAACAUCCAUCUUGGCUUUCCCACACCCAACUUGAAUAACCUUAUUUUUAUAUCCUUGAUUUAUUUUCCUGUGUUUUUAUAUUCAGUAUUUUUAAUCAAAGUGAGAAAUUUUUAAUGUGAAUAACGGGGCGAAUUUGUUGUGUCAAGAACUGCAGGAGCAGUUCUUUAUGUGCAAGUGAAAAUAGUGAAAAUAACAAUAAGAAACAGAUGUUUUCUUUUCCAAAAAAUAAGGAACGUAAGAAAUUGUGGCUGGAAAGUAUCGGCGAUCACUUGAAAGCAAGAAAAGGUGUAAAGGAAAAGAAACCAAAUUUGUUUAUUUGUGCUGAUCAGUUUACAAAAGAAAGUUUUAAAAAUGAUACUCAAAAAAUAUUGAAAGAUGGGUGCACAGUAUUUAUACCAUUGAAACGCUUUGUACUAAAAGAUGACAGCAUUCCAUGUAUUUUUGAAGAGCUUCAACAUCAACCUUGUGAUAGGUCAAGGCCUCUGUCAAAUAAAACCAAUAAUAGACGUGAAUUGUCUCCUGCUUCGGCUCAUCAAGUUUCUGUUGCUAAUGAAAUUAUUUUCAUUCAGAAAUCAAAUCCUGUUAAGGUUGAUAAUUUCUCUGCUUCGGGUCCAACAGCAGAAGGAACUAAAGUAACAUAUGAAAUAAAUAACCUCUUAAACGAUUGGAAUUCACGAAACACAGAAACUUUUCCAUCAAAUUGGGGAAUUAAUGAUGAUAUCGAGCAGGGCGUUUUAUUUAUGUGUUGUGGAGAUGUUCUUCUCAAAGUAACUAGGCAAAUUUUAGUAUGAAAAGAUAUAAUCAUUCAAAUUAGAGCUCACAAUUAUGUCUCUAAUUUUUCAUCAUGGAAAAAAUUACAUGCCUUGAGGAUUUGCGUUCAGCAAUGACUAUAAUCACAAGCUUAAAGUUGUGCGCAAGAGCAUGGCAGGGAUUAUGUAAAAACAGCUUCUUUGUGCAGAAACCAUUUUGUAACACAGAUUACUGUAGAGAUUGACAAAUAAAAAGACGCCUGGAGAAAAGAAAAGAAAGAUCGAAGGAAUUGCGGUUGACAGCAAAAAGAUUGAAAAAAAAGCAAUAACAAAUAUUAAAAAGAAAUAUUCACGAUGUGUAAAGAAGGUAAAAAUUAUAAUUAGUAUAUGUAUAUAUAAUUAGUAUACUUAUUCAUGUUAAGGUAAAUCUCAACAAUAUUCAUUUCAUCUGAAGAACAAGUAGUAGAAAAAGCAAUAAAAUUUUUCCUAUUCAAAUGCAGGAGGCUAUCCCUAUGAAUUAUCGUAGGAGCUAGUCCUCUUGCAUAGGAGUUAAAAGUUACAAGUUAGAGGUUUAGUACUGGCUAUUUUUUAAUACAAAAGGUCAUUUAAACAAUAGAAAGAAAGAAAAUUAGAGGUUGUCUUAUGAGAGGUUCGCCUGUAUAUGCUUAACAGCAGUGAGUUCUCCUUAUACUACUUCAUGACAUGUAUGCACUGUUUAAUUGAAUGGUGAAUUUCGAAAAGGGCUCAACUCUAAAAAGGCUAAGAGUCAUUUUCACUAUCAAUUGUUAUGCGAAAAUGACACGCUUUUUCGAGUUAAGCCCUUUUCGAAAUUCACCAUUCAAUUAAACAUUCAUGUUUUUAAAAAUUUAACAAGAGUCGUUAUAAAAGGUGAGAAACAAAUUUUUUAUUAUAACCAGAUAUUAUAAAUAAUUUACACAAGUAAUUAGAUCUAUUUGAUUCGCAAUUACAGGUUUUGACAGUUAGUUAUUAUUAUUGUUGAUUCAUAUAAUCACGGUAAGUAGUAUUUCAGGUUAUGUUGUUAAAAUAAGAAAACCAAAUGUCUGUUUGCAGAACUAUAUAAUUAAUAAUAAACAUAAAAAGAAAAAUUUUACAUUUUGUUUAUAUUCGACAAUGAACAAAAUUUUUGUUGAAGAUGGACCCGAACUUUUCGCGAAAGAUAUAAAAAUUAAAAAUAAUGAUUUUUCAGAAUUAGAAACUGACGAAAAAUUUAUUUACUUGAAACCAGGCAUAAGCGAGUUCAAUGUCUAUUCCGAAAGAAAUGUAGUUUUUCCAGAAAUUCUCAGUUUUGUUAAUAAAUUUUACCACUUUGAGAACUACAAAUGAAUCCUAAAUUUUAUUAUUAUUAAUUAAAGGACGCUUAUUUAAAUUAUCUUAUAUUUAGACAAUCAUUAAAUCAAAUAGUAUAAGAAUUUAUAGCUAAUUACUUUUUCAUUUUCUAUAGCGUAUAAAUUAUAUAUUGUAUAAUGCAAAUUUCUUUUUUUUGCUUCAUAGCUUUGUAGUCCUUCCGUUUAUAAAAAUUUUCAAAAUGGCGAAAACAAAUUUUUCUCUAUAUAGAAACAUGUUAUAUGAGAUCCUUAUCAAUUUUCCGGAUGUAUGUAAGUAUGCAUGUGUGGACCCCUUUUUUGUAAACACAACAUAACCUUAACAGGUUUUAAUGGAUUUGGCAUGAAGUAGGAUAAGGAGAGGUAACGGCGUAUAUUCAUUGGCCCUCAGAUAGACGGACCACAGUAGUAGGCUUUCUUUUUUCCUAAUGUCGCGAGCGCUCCUUUGGGGAAAGCGAAGAAUUAAAAUUUAUCGUCUGCAACAUGGCUGCAAGUCAGCUGUUUACAACGUUAGGUUAAGUUAAUAAAUAUGAAGGUAUUAUGCAAAUACAUUAACUGUAAAAUGUCAGAAAUAUUUUAAAAAUCAAAUAAUAGUUUAAUAUUGACACUGGAAUUUAUUAUUCAGCUUAUGAGUUACAUUCAUAGUUUUGUCAAAUCUUCGAAUAGCCUCUGACCAUGUUGCUAACAUUUUCUAUCGAAAUAAGAAAUAUAAUUAACAUUAUUUAUUAUUUACAUAAUAAUAUCAUGAGUAAUAAAAAAAUAAUAAACAAUUUCAUUCUACUUACCAUGGAAGGUUUAAAAAAACUUCGAACACAACCAUCUCUUUUUAUUUGGGUUUUCGAACCCGAAUCGCAAUGCUUUAUAAAACAACUCUUCAUUUUUCAAAACACUAACACAUUACUGAAAUACUUCAUGUGUAAAACAAACGACUGAAUUUUAACAACAAAAACACCAUGUGAAACAUUCAGGUUAUGUUUCUCUUUUCGCGGUAGGUCACGUGAUAAAAUAUAAUUCAAAUAUUUCCCACCGCAAGCGCUGUCAACAGUAGGAAAAUAGAAAGUCGUACUACUGUGGUCCCCCCUAUAUGGUGUCAAGUUUUCUAGCGAUUGGCUACAGGCGUUACCUCUCCUUAUCCUACUUCAUGGGAUUUGGGUAAAAUUUGGUAUGCUUAUUUAUCACAUUAAUAUCUCAAAAUGGACGAAAGGAUUUUAAAAAAUAACCAAAAAAAAAUUUUAUCGUCUUUUUUCCAAAAUUUUUUUUUAAUCGAAAAAAUUUUUAAAUAGCAAAAUUUAAGGUGAUAUAUAAUAAAAUCGUAUUCUUUACGUCAAGACGAAUCAAUUGGUUUAUAUAAAGUAUAGAUUUGAUUUAAAUUUAAAGAAUUAAUGAAAGUUAAAAUAUCAAAAAUUCACAUUUUAGCUAAAAAAUUUUGUAUCCUCAAAUGUUUAUAUUAAUAUAUUAUUCAUGUAUGUUUAUUUUAAUGUUAAUGCUUUCUCCACGAGAAAGCAAAUUUUUUUGCUGAUCGUAAAGAGGAAGCAUAAUGUUCAUGUAGUGAAUAUCUGAAUUUACAACUUGUUUGUAUUUAUCAUUAAUUAUGUAGUUCCGCAAACGGACAUUUGGAAAAUCAUGCUUCAUAUUUUAACAACAGAACCUGAAAUGCAACUUACCGUGAUUACAUUAAUAAAUAACUGUCAAAACAGCUGUAAUCGAACGAAUAAAAACAACUAGAAAUUCAUUUAAAGAGAGUUUGACAAUAUUACUCUCAGGAGAGCUCUACUCAUUUUCUAAGUUCCAUGUUGUCCUCUGGUACAUUCAUGAUUGUACACCUAAAUUGUGCUAUCUGGGAAGUAUAAAUUAUUUACUGUUUUAUUAAAAUUUAUUAAUGUAAUUUCAAUUAUCUACGUAGGUGCCAAUGUAUGAGUUACGGACAUCACAGAUGAAUAUGUAUCCACUUCUCUAGUCAUGUUGUGGUGUAGUGUGUCACCAUAAGUUUCUACAGUGGUCAUCUUCAUAUUUAACAUUCAUGUGAAUCAUUUUUGAUUUUUGAAGCCUUUAUAUGUGUUUAAUACUAUAUUUUUGUAAUAUUAAAGAUUAUUUUUAUGACGUC